AUGGAUAAAGGUGGAAGUGGAAAUAGCGGUGGUGGCAACGGUGGUGAAGAUAGCUUUAUAAAUAUAACACCGACUGGAAUGAAACAUCAGAACAAUUUCACGACAGGAUCACACAGAACGAUUUCAUUUUCGAGAAAAGCGCAGCCUGGAGUCAUCCAGUUUGGUGCUGCGCGUUUCAAAUCACAACCGGACCUCUCACGUGACAUGCUGACUGGCGACCAAUCUUCACAGCUCUGGCGUACAAAAGCCGGUGCUCAGAAAUCAGAUGAUCUCUGGAAAGCAUUUAAAUCAUCUAUAGAUACACCAGAUGACGCGCUGACACACCCGUUCCAGGCGGCACGUCUUGCCGCGCUAAAGUUGACUUCGUUCCGUGACACCGGAUCACCCGCUUUCAUCAAAUGGUGGCCCUAUCUCAAGGUGCUCCUCGGUAACUUUUGCCAGAUCGCUAGCAACCUUGCCUACGACCGAAUUGGCUGGCAGCUAAUGGUGAAACAAGGCACAUCGUCUGGUCACGCGCCAGACAUGUCCACCGACGAAAUAUCACCAUCGACCUCGCCAACCUCUUCACUUCAAAAUCUCUCGAUAUCACCACUGCAACAUCUCUCACACCUCCAAUCUAAACUCUCAUCGAGUUCCUCAGAUAUACUAUCAUCAAGCGGCAACACCAUAAAUAACAACAACAACAACAACAACAACAGUCAUAAUUCAAUUCUUAUUGGAUUGAAAGAUCAACAUCAAAAUAUAGGAAAUAACAACAACAGCAACAGCAGUAGCAGUAGUAACAAUACAAAUAAUUCAAACUCUUUAAGUAGUAGUAAAGAUUUAAACAACAACAAUAAUAAUUCAAACUCUUUAAGUAAUAGUAAAGAUUUAAAUAAUAGCGGUAAUAAUAAUAAUAAUAGUAAUAAUAAUAGUGGUUUUAGCAGUAGUAGUAAUAGUGGUAAUAGUUUUUCAUAUACAACACAACAGUUGUUUAAACUUGGAAUUAUUGGUAUCUUGGUGGAUUGUAUUCAAUUCUUUAAUGAUUGCUACGUUACUAAGCUGCCAAAAGAGAGUUCAUCACAAUUCCGAUAUCUUAUCAUUGACACACUUGGAAUACUAAUCUAUUCGAGUGGCAAUAAUGUACAUUGUAAACUAAAGGAAUCGGGUGCCGACAUGAAAACAAUCAUCUCUGCCAUCGGUCGUAAAGCAUACAUCAAAUCAACCAAGAAACUAAACACAUUACAACGUGAAUUUCAAUAUCAACUUCAUGUAUUAAGAGUUAUUCGUGAAUUAAUUCAUAGUAAUCCAAUAAAUGCAAAACAAUUCUUAUCGUUGAAAGGAUUCAAGAGUGUUCAAGACUUUAUUUUGUGGUGUACGGAAUGUUUCCAACCGGAAUCAUUCCAUUUCACAGAUGAUAUUUGUCAGGAGUUGGGAGGUGGCGCUUCGGGCGGUGCCGGAGGAUCGGUCAUCUUCCCCGAUGCUUUCAGUAGUUCCAAGGCACCGACCACCUACGACAGUCUGAACAGUGUGCUCAGCAGUCUAAAGUAUACGACAUUCUCGGAGCAAUCGUUCAUCAAGACACCGACAUUCCUCAAGCGUAGCAAAGUCACUCAGCUGGCGCAACUGUUCUCUGUGUUGCAAUCGAUGACAUUCACUGCAAUACCUUUCUCAAAGAUAUCGGUUGCCAGUGGCAAUAGCAGCAGUAGCAGCGGGUCGCUGUUCAUCAACCAGAAUUUCUCAAACUUUUCAAACUCACUCAACAACUGGUCGACCACCGUCUUUAUCAACGCAUCCGCCAACAACAACAGCAGCAGCAACAAUAUUAACUCCUCUCAGACACUGACAAACGAUUGGGUAGCGCAAUCGAGCGUUCCCACCAGUCCAUUACCACCGACUCCACUACAAUCGACAAUCAUCACCAACAGUCCAUCUCCAAGUGGGAGUAGUCUAAAUAUUUCAAGUACAAACAUUGGAAGUAACAAUAACAACAACAACAACAACAACAGUAGCAGCAGCAGCAUUAACAAUAGUGGAGUAAUAAGCCAAACGAAUCAAGGUAGUUGGUCAAAUUACAACUCACCAAACAAUUCAACAACCAGUGUAAUUACAGCGAGUACAACAAGUGGAAGUGGUGGUGGUGGUUCAUCAAAUACUGUCACUACUGCCAAUCAGAGUGGUAUCACCAUCGGAAGUUCUUCCAUGACCAGUCUGAUGAGCAGUCCACUCUCAAAUAGCAACACUGUCGUCAGUCCAUACUUGCCUUCCACCUCACUGACCAGCUCAUCGUCGAUAUUGGCCCACAGCAGCACCAACAAUCAUCAUACAUCUUCCAGCGGAGGAAUGUCACCGCUAUUGAACAACAGUUCCACGAAUCUGUUGUUCGACCCCGAUCAACCAAAGAAACAUGUAAAUAUCUAUCUAAUUGAAAUGCUAUUGGAGGGAUUGUUCAAGGAGAACUCAAAGGAUAUCAACAAGCCGAGUAUUCUGCUGAUGAUCAAGACAAAGUAUCCAGAGCUGCAGCUGAUCGUACUGGAAUAUCUGGUGAAGAUCGUUUUGGAGUCUGGCGAAGCAAUGGAUAUCAUGAGAAAGUACUUCCUCUGGGAUUUGGUUCUCUCCGAGUACUUUUACGACUGCCAAUACGACCCAGAGUAUUUCGAGCAGUUGGAUGCCAUUCAGAAGAAUAGAACCACCUACAUCUUCAAUGGAUUGCGUUCCAAUACGCUGACCGUCACUCAAUUCCUUGCGACCUACGACCAGAUCGACAACUUCGAAGAGAUCAUGGUACUUCUCGGAUUUAUGAAGAACAACUUGAAUAGUCCUGCCAAGCUGGUGGACAUUUGCCAACUGUUAAUCAACAUCACCAAAUCGAACCCAAAAACAAUCCGAUCGUUGAUAUCACUAAAGAUAUUCACUCAACUCUCUAGUAUCAUUGAGAAACUCAUUCAACAACCCGAGCAACAACAACAGGAUCCAACCGCCAAGAAAGCAAGAAACAUCUUACUCUCCUACCUCGGUCAGUUGAUCGUCAACGAAGAACUCUCCAUCCACGCACUCACCGACAAACAACUCAUCGAAACACUCUUCCUCAUCCUAAAGAAACAGGAACUCAAACAAUAUGCACUCACUCAAAUCUAUCAUCUUAUGAAAUUGAAUCCCGAUUCCGAACAAUCAUUAUCUGAAAUGUAUAAUUAUUAUAUCAGUCAAUUAUCAAAGAUAAAAGAUGAUACUACACCCGAAUAUGGAUUCGAUUUAACUCUUGCUUUGUUGGAUGGAAUCAGACAGGUUAUCAAAGUUAAUCCAAAGAAACAACAGUUGUUCAAAAAGUUUGGUGUUUUCAUCAAGAUUGUCAAUCUCGUUAAUAUCGAUGGAACCAAAGAGAGAAUGUCUACUCUUUGUCACUCGGUGCUAAAGACUGUUAUCAUUUUGAUGGCAAACAGCUCAAAGAUAAAGAAACACUUUAGAAAUCAUAUUGGUUACGAUUCACUAAAGAAUAUCAUUGUGAAAUCGGAGCGAUCCAUCUCUGAGAAGACAAUGAAUAUCUUGUUGGACAUGAUGGUCGAUGGCGAUUUCGAUCGUGAGUACAACUACGUCAUUCAGAACAGCGAUGCAACUCUGUUGAUCUUCCAGCUGCUCCAACACUUCCCGCUGGAGCUACAACACCAGAUUCUCGAUACAUUUACUCCGAUCGUUUUGAAAUGUACAACGAACCAAUCGGUCUGUUGCAAUUGCCAUUUGAUUUACCAUCUUCUCGGUGCCAUCAACGCGAAACAACCAAUGGAAAUCACCACCAAGAUUCUCCAGUUGAUUCAGUAUCUCGGUUAUCACAGUGUGAGUGUCCGCGAGUUGAAAAAGCUGUUUGGACUGCUCAAGAGCGACGACGGUGAACACCGUCCACCCACGACAUCGGUGCUGCUCUCGACCCUCCAGAACAUAGCAGUGUCUCGAAAUCCCGGUCCUCAAGUAUACUUUGAUUUCGACGGUAAAGAUUCGUGUAUCAAUUUGCCGACGUUCGAGAAAUGGCCAUUCCCAAAGGGAUUCACUUUUUGUGCUUGGGUGAGAAUCGAGUCGUUUGUCGACCCGACUGGAACUCCCGACUACAAACCGCGACUCUUUAGUUUCCUCAAUGAUGCUGGCAACGGUAUAGAAGCGUUGUUCAUCUACCAACAGGUACAAGUACAAACGGUGACCAAUGGAAAUCAAGUGAAGACCGUCUUUCCAAGUUCUCUGGCUUUCGAGGAGAGAAAGUGGUAUUUCGUUACAAUUGUCUAUUCGACCAACUUGUUCUCCUCGUCUGAGAUCAAGAUAUUCAUCGAUGGACAACAACGUGCUAAAGCAUCGGUGAAGAUUCCCAUUCACCAAGGCCCAAUGAAUAACUUUAAGAUCGGUAACAACGCCCGUUGUUUCAACGAAGCAAGAUCGAACCCUUUGUACGGUCAGAUGGGAGCGUUCAACAUCUUUGACGAAUCGCUAUCGCCUUCGCAAAUCCAAUCGAUCUACUCACUCGGUGCCAAUUUCAAUACUUCUUUCCAAGACGUCGAGGGUAUCUCAACAAAGAACAGUCAUACCUUUGAUCAAUCGUUGACCAAUCGUUUGUUCCUAAACUACAAUUGUCGUGCGAUCGAAGGUGAUUUGUGUUUGGACAACACUCCCAAUAUCGGUGGAGAUCGUAACUACGAUGCAACUCUUGUCGCUAUCAAUCCGUGUGUCUCCAGAGACAUCAAAGAUAUCAUCUAUUGUCUUGGCGGUAUCAAAGUGUUGUUCCCUCUGAUUCCACAGUUGAAUCAGACACUUGCCGAUCCUCAGCUUGACAGCACCAGCAGCAGCAAACUCACAAUCCAAGUUCUCGGACUCUUCAAAGACAUGUUGCGUGGAUCCGAGGCAAAUCAAGAGGAGAUGCUUCGUUGCAAUGGUUUGGCAGUGUUGUCAUAUCUACUCCAAACGAUUCCACCAGAGAACUUGACACUCGGUGCACUCAACAUUUUCAAAGACAUGUCGAACCAGAUUUCUGAGCCAAGUCUGGUUGAGGAAGUAUAUUCACUGCUUCUCGACUUCCGUCUUUGGAUAAAGACAAGAUUCGAAGUACAAAAGAGUUUGAUGGUGAUGAUCAAGCAAAUCAUCUUUGAUAAACACGACCAAGUCAAAGAUAUCAUCACCGUACAAGUGAUGUUGGAUAUUAUGGCGAAUUUCUAUUGGUAUGAAUUCGCAGAGAGUAGUGCUAUUCUCACCUCCAAGGACAUUCUUCAGAAGCGUCCUAAUCAAUCGGAUAUAACUGAUCUCCGUCAGGUUAUCUUUGAAAUUAUACGUCAACUUCUUCGUAAUCCAACUACCAGUGAUGUUGCCGCCAUCGCUCGUUACACCAUCUACACAAUGGACAAGACUCAGGUGAUUGAAAUGAUUGAAUUCCUUAUCGAUCUCCUCUCGAAAUCCAGUUUCCAACAGUUCUUUGACGAGUUGGAAAAGAUUGGAAGUACCGACAUCUUCCUCACACUGAUGAGCAACAAAGACGAAGCAGUUCGUGGUGCAGCACUCCAGUUGAUCUCCAAACUACACUUGACUUCACACGCCAACAACCAAACCGUAUCAAACAACAAGUUAACGCUGAAAAAGAAAGUCAAAUCAAUCUUCCAAGAUUCAAUUAUCAUUGCUCGUUCGCUACAUCUGUUCCCACUCACCGAGUACACCUAUCGUUAUCUCAUGGCAUUUGCACUGGGAUUCAAUGUGGAACCAGUCAAUUUCAACAUAACGAUGACACUUGAAGAUCUUAUGGCUGACCAUGUCAAUAUUGUAUUCCCAGAGAUUAUCGGUGCCAUUUUGAAACUGUUGCCGACUGCCGAGAGUAUCAUAUUGCGUCAGUUGAUCCUCCAAAACAUCAAAGUUCUAAUGGGUAACAAUGCAGCGAAUCGUACAUCGUUGUUGCAAAUUGACAAGUGGCCAGAACACUUGUUCUCCGUUCUCAACGAUGCCGAGAUAAAGAAUGACCAACAAUACUCGAAUGUAACCGAUCUCAUCAUUGACAUCAUGAAGAUACUGUCGAUUCACUCACUCACCGAAGCCAAAGGUUAUAAAACACUCGAGCAAAUCUUGGCAACACUCAGACCAUUCGCAGAGAGAGGUGUGUUGGAUUAUCACUAUCUAACGAGAACAUUACUAUCCAAUAUUGUUCUCUCAAUCCGAUCGGAAGCAAACACAACCAGCGAUAAAGAAUCACCUUUGAAUACCAGAAGCAAAAAGGUAUUUGAUAAUCUCAUUCAUUUCCUUAUGAUUGUCGAAGAGUUUAUCUUUUAUUCGCCGUUGGACGAUGUCAAUCCACUGACCAGUUCAUUUGCCAUUGUUGACCUCAAUGGGCUGGAACAAUUCAGAGCUGCAGAGCCCGCCCAAACACCUUCGAAUCUAAUCAAUCAACAACAACCGGGCAAUAACGGUGGAAGUCCAUCAUCACCAAAUUUCGUUGGUAUGGCAUCGAAUGCUCUCAAUAGCAAUACACCAAGUUACUACAGUAAGAUUCACUUGAACGAAAGAAACGAAUGGGUAGAUUACCAGUUGAUUACCGAGCUGUUGGAGUUGGUAGAUACUUUGAAGUUGUCGCAAUACUCUUCAAGUGAAGGAUCGUAUACCACCGCUCUACAGACUGGCAAAGCAACUCAGAUGUUCACAUCACAUCAACAGCGUAUCAUUCAUCGUAUACUGUUGGAGAGCAUCAAAGAGUGUUGUAAACGUGGAGAGAACAUUCAAGUGCUACACAGAAACACUUCGCGUUUAAAGAAUCUUUUGGAGAAGGAUCUCUCAACAAAAUCUGAGGAUUCCAAUCUGAGAUGUCUCUUUGCUCUGUCACACCUGAUCAAAGCAAUGAGAAAUUGUACAAUCGAUAAUAAUAUGCCUGCUCAUCAACAAAAGUUGGUUGUCUCGAUGAAAGAGAUCAUCCGUAAGACCAAGACUGGUGUCACCAAUCACUUGGUACAUCGUCAUGUCAAUACCUCACGUCAUUCCGUUAGUCUCAGUGAUAUUGAACAUGAGAUUGCAGGUUGGGUUGCCGAGUUGUCAGACUCAACAAGAACCACCGACUUUAGUACUAUUGUGAUGUGUCACGUUCGUUGGACACAUGUCUGUGAGUACGUCGAGGAGAUGGCCAGCCAAUUCGGUAACGAAGAGAAAGCAAUUUCCUUGCGUGUAGAGAAGCGAAAGAAGAAGAGAAACAAGAAUCUGCUAAUCAUCGAAGAGAAGGAAGCAGAAGCAUUCUCUGUUGCCGAGAGAAAGGCAGAUUUCGACUUGAAACAGGUCGAUCGUUUGUUGUGGAAUGUCGAGCGUGAAAGACGUUUGGCAUUGUUGAGUGAGUUGCAGUUGGUAACCUAUGAAACCAGUGCACAAUGGAGAAGAAUACUUCGUUCUCUUACAAACGAGCGUGGUCCAUGGGGAACGACCGAGACUGUUGUCCACUGGAAAUUGGACAAAACAGAAAACAGUUCGAGAAUGCGUUACAAACAAAAGAGAAACUAUCAAUUCGAUGAGCAUGCCAACUGUGCGAUUGACGACGAUGCAACCGGUGGAUCUCAAUUCAAAUCGUCGAAAGGAAUAGAAUCCAGUGACUCUAAUAAUAAUAACGAUGAAAACAGUAAGAAAGAUUCAUCUUUCUCCGAUUUGAAGGUUAAGCCUUUACCUUCGAUGGAUAAUGAUUUGGUUGAUGAUUGGGCAAUGGUUUGUGAAUAUGAUAACCUCCUCGAUGACCAAGUCGUUUCGAUGUCACCGAAUCACUCUUCUUCCAGCCCGAGUGGCGCCGCCAAUAUGACACUGCUCAGUAAUCUCGCCAAGGAGAAGAUCAUCUAUUCCACUCAAUGCGAUUGGGUAUCACCUAUGAAUCUCAAAAAAGGACGAUUGGAUAUCUCUGCUGUUCAUUUCACUUUUACCGAGGAGAUUGCCGAGUCUGAGAAAGAGUCGACACCCAACUUUGAACCGAAAAUCAAAGUUUGGAAUAUCGAAACCGUCAAAGAUAUUCAAUUACGUCGUUACCUGCUACGUGGAAGUGCUCUUGAGAUCUUCAUGAAGGAUCAAACCACUUCAUUCUUUAACUUUACCAAAAAUGAUCGUAACAAAGUGUACAGCAAGAUCAACUCGGUGCGAAGAACCUACUUCCGUGAGACCAUCACAAAUCUCAAUCCCUCCGAUACACUCAAGAAAGCAACCACCGAGUGGCAACAACGUAGAAUGUGCAAUUUCGACUAUCUUAUGGUUCUCAAUACGAUUGCUGGUCGUACCUACAACGAUCUCACUCAGUAUCCUGUAUUCCCGUGGGUCAUCAAAGACUACACUUCGCCAACCCUCGACCUCAACAACCCUGAGAUCUAUCGUGACCUCUCCAAACCGAUUGGUGCACUCAACGAGAAGCGUUUGGAAGUAUUCAAAGAUCGUUAUGAAUCGUUUGAUGAUCCAGACAUCCCGAAAUUCUUUUACGGAUCUCACUAUUCCAGUGCUGGAACCGUGCUUUUCUAUCUCAUAAGAAUGGAGCCAUUCACAUCGAUGUUCCUACAGCUGCAAGGUGCACGAUUCGACCAUGCCGAUCGUAUGUUUGAUUCCAUUGAAAUGGCGUGGCACAACACUCUCACCAGUUCCACCGACGUCAAAGAGUUGAUUCCAGAGUUUUUCUAUAUGCCUGAAUUCCUCAACAAUCAAAAUCAAUUCAAUUUCGGUGUUAAGCAAAACGGUGUCCCCAUAGGCGAUGUCGUUCUCCCUCCAUGGGCAGCGACACCUCACGACUUUGUACGUAUCAAUCGUGAGGCUCUCGAGAGUGAGUAUGUAUCGAUGCAUCUACACGAGUGGAUCGAUCUGAUCUUUGGUGUUAAACAACGUGGACGUGCUGCUAUCGAUGCAUACAAUGUAUUCUACUAUCUCACCUACGAGGGUAGUGUCGAUAUCGACGCCAUCGAAGAUGAAACCAUGCGUAAAGCAACAGAGUCGCAGAUCAACAAUUUCGGACAAACUCCAACUCAGCUCUUCUCCAAGAAGUCGCAUCCUCAACGUGAGCCACUCCAAGAGAGUCAACAAUCGAUGUUCAAAUCACCACAAAACCUCCAUGCUUUCUACUUGAAAAUUGCUAUUAAACCGUUGGUCUAUCUUUAUAUUCCCGAACAAACACAACCAAUGUCCUAUCUGCUCUCCGACAAGGUUGUGGUUAUUGACAGAUCGCGUUUGGUAACCAGUCACAAGUGGUUCCCAAACAACCAGAACGAGAAAUCACCGUUCACUUUUGAAUUGGAUCCAUCUUCCGGUGCCAAACGUCGUAUUGGACUUCCAUUUGCCAACGAUGUUACCAUAUCUCAAAAUUGUUUUGCUGUCACCAACGAUGGACGUUACGUUAUCAGUUGUGGACACUGGGAUAAUUCCUUUAAACUAUCGUUCACUGACAAUGCCAAAUUGAUCCAGUCAGUCAUUAAACACAAGGAUAUUGUCACAUGUCUGGCUUGGUCGUCGGACGGACAGACUUUGAUCACAGGUUCACGUGAUACCACGCUCAUGGUAUGGAAUCUAAGUUCUCACAAGAGUGCAGUUCCCAAAUUCGAGAAUGUUCCAACACAUAUUCUCUAUGGUCAUGACGAUGAAGUUACUUGUGUCGAUCUCAACAUCGAGCUAGAUAUUUGUAUCAGUGGUUCCAAAGAUGGAACUUGCAUUAUCCACAACUUGAGACGUGGUGAAUACGUUCGUACCAUUUCACUGCCAAAACAAUCACCUGUCAGCAAAUGUUCAAUUUCAAAUCAAGGUCAUAUUGUUAUCUAUUCACAAGCUGAUCUAGUAAUAUAUUUAUAUUCAAUCAAUGGACAAUUGUUGAAAUCUGUUGAUACACACGAAAGACUUCACAGUAUUAUAAUUAGUAGAGACUCUGAAUAUUUGAUAUCUGGUGGUGAUAAAGGAACUGUUGUAUUGAGAACUCUUUACAAUCUUAAAUUUGCUCAUAAACUCAGUUUUGAUACACCAAUCAAUUCUUUGGCAAUGGGAUCCGAUCAAAAACAUCUGAUGGUUGGUUUGGAAGAUGGCAGACUUUUAAUUAUUGCCAAAUCAAAGACUUAA